CCACGCUAGGUAAGUGACUUACAAAUAUUAGAGGCUAAACUUUCCCCAUUGUCGACUUUUUUCUUUCACGUAAUAUCUUUUCAUAUGUUUCGACGCGUCGGUCUCCAGCUUCAACGUUCCACACCCACCACUGCACGUUUAAACGUUAUUCGCACAGCUGCAAACGGAACUCGUAAUUUGGCAAUGACUCCUAUGCGAAACAGAACCGCAGUCGCCAGCAAACGAUUGUCAACAAUGAAUAACUGGUUAGCACAACCCAGAAAUCAGGUUAAAAAUCGUCAUUUAUACACAACGCUAGUGGAUAACCAUUCGAACACUAUCAAAUUAACACGAAUUAUGGCUUUUGAUAGAUGUCAACGACCGCCGGUACUGCUGGUGGUGCUCAGGAAGAAGUGCUUACAGUAAAGAACGUGGGCGUCCGAGAAAUCGUCUUGAACCGACCCAAGAAACUCAAUGCUUUGAACUUGAACAUGGUCGAACUUAUUACACCCGAACUCCAGGCGUGGGAAAAGUCUGACUUGGCUAAAAUUAUCCUGCUAAAGAGCAGCGGAGGAAAGGGAUUCUGCGCUGGUGGCGACGUUAAGACCGUUGUUGAUUUGGCAGCCGAGGGCAAGUACGAAGAUGCCAUUAAGUUCUUCGAAGCCGAAUACAAGUUGGAUCAUCUUAUCGGCAACUUGGAGAAGCCCUACGUCUCUAUCAUGGAUGGCAUUACCAUGGGUGGUGGCGUUGGCUUGUCCGUUCAUGCACCUUUCCGUGUUGCCACGGAAAAGACCUUGUUCGCUAUGCCUGAGACCGGUAUUGGUUUCUUGCCUGAAGUUGCUGGCAGUUUCUUCUUGCCACGUUUGGAUGGCCAAUUGGGUAUCUACCUUGGUUUGACUGGCAAGCGCUUGAAGGCUUCGGAUGUCUUCUACGCUGGUGUUGCCACGCACUAUGUCCCUUCGUCGCGUCUCGCAGCUCUUGAAGCUCGUCUUUCCGAAAUUGACAACCCUACUCACGAUGUCAUAAACACUGCUAUUGAAGAAUUCUCUGCAGAGAUGGAUCAGGAAGCUCCUUUCUCACUCGGCGGUGAUGUUCGUGCUGCUAUUGACAGAUGCUUCAAAUACGACACCGUUGAAGAGAUCUUUGCUGCUGUUGAAAAGGAGGACUCGGAAUGGGGCAAGGAAACCCUGAAGCUCUUGAAGGGCGUUUCUCCCACCUCGCUAAAGAUCACCUUGCAGCAGUUGCGCACUGGCGCCACACUCACCCUUGGCCAGUGCUUCAAGAUGGAAUAUCACUUGGUUCAAAAGUUCUUGAGAGGCCAUGACUUCGCAGAGGGCGUCAACGCGACUCUUGUCACCCGAUCCAAGCCCAACUGGAAGCCCUCGGCACUUAAUGACAUCAAGGAAGAUAAGAUCAAGGAAGAAUACUUUGAUUCUCCUUCCCCAAUGCGAUUGGAGCUGUUGACCCCCAAGGAUUACAAGCAAUACCCAUACCGCAAGUAUAUGCUUCCUUCCGAAGACGACGUCAAGCGCGUUGUCACUGGUGAAGCUGCCGAUGUCGGUAACUAUGCCCUGAGCCGCGAGGAGGUUGUCGAGUACUUCCUGCGCGACCGCAACGGCAAGCAGGGUGUCAAGGACAAGGUUCUGGAUAUCCUUGAACGCAAGACCCAAUUGAUGGAGAACGAGGAGACCAAGAGCUUAAAAUGGAUUUACUAAAUGUAUAUGCGAACCCAGAGAAUGCCACCAUUUAAAAUCACUGACGAACACACACACACACACACACACACACACACACACACACACACACACACACGCAC